AUGGCCAAGUACGAUGCAGACAUGAACGCAUUCAUCGAUGCCGGCGGCGGUGUCAAGAGGAAGGCAGGCACGCAGGCUACGACGAAGGAUCCCGCUGCACCAAAAAAGCCGGUAGGGGGUGGGUUUGGUUGCUUCCUGGCGCAGAACAGGGCGGCUUUUUCGAAAGAUGUGAAAGGCCAGCCAGCCACAGCCGUUACCAAGCUUGCCUCCAAGAAAUGGAAGUAUCUCAGCGAGGACGAGAAGAAGGUCUACCAAGAGGAGUACGAAAUGAAGAAAGCCGGGUACGAACAGGCCAAGAAGCUGUAUGUCCGGCUAGCCACCGACAGGGAGGCUGAGAAGCAUGUGAAGAAGGUGCGGCUGGCCAUGGGGAAUAAGGAAGCAGCAAAGGGAACCGAGGAUGCCGAGAAGGCAGCUGCCAAGGAGAAGAGUGCCGAGAAGGAGAUCAAGGCCAAGGCUAAAGUGGCUAAAGCGGCAAAAGCCAAAGCUAAAGCCAAGGCAUCCCCCCGCGAAAGCAGAAGGCCAAGCAUGAAGGUGCUGCCAUUGGCGCCUUUUGACUGUUUCUACGCGCAGAUCCGGGCGGGUGCCAGGCUAUACAACUCUGUGCCAAUUUCAGCCAUCGGAAAAUCGGCAAGUUACAGAUGGGCGAUGCUCGGCGAGGACGGCCGCACGGCCUACCGAGAGGAGUAUGAAAGACAGAAAGCCGAGUACGAGGCCGUGAAGUCUGCAGAGCUGGCUGGCAUUGACCAGGAGGAGAUUGAGAAGCUUGGUGAGAUCCAAACCAGAUCCGCAUGCAUGAGGGCCUUCAUCGAUGCUGGUGAGAAGAAGGGCACCAAGAGGAAGGCAGACAAAGCAGUCACGAUGAAAGACCCCACAACACCAAAGAAGCCAGCAGAGGGUGCCCUUGGCAGUGGCUUCCCCGCACAGAACAGCGCAGCCUUUUCAGCAGAUGCCAUAGGCCACCAGCCACAGCUGCCACCCAGCCUGGCCCCUGGAAAGGACGCCCAGCAAGAGCAUGAGUAUGCCCCGCUACCCAGCGCCGAGAAGGAGGAGACGGAGAAGGCGCAGUCAACAGCCUGCGAUUCGCCUGCAUUGCCUCUGCCUGCAAUGCUUCUGCCUGCAGUGCCUUUGCCUGCAAUGCCUCCAAUCCUUCCGCUCGAAAUCGCAAAAUACGCAAAGCGAAGGGAGAAGGAGCGCUUGGAGAAAUUGGAAAACAAUCGCAGAGACCUGGAGCAUUAUAAGGGGAAGGCUCGGCGUGAGAGGGACAGACGAAGGGACUUGGAGAAAGAAGUGGAGCGCUACAAGAGGAAGGGUAAGCGCUUGGAGGAGGACGUGGAGCAUUACAAGAAAAAGGCCCGGCGUGAGAGGGACCAACGAAAGGACUUGGAAAACGAUGUGGGGCACUACAAGAGGAAGGCUACGCGCGAGAGGACCAAACGACGAGAUUUGGAGGACCGGCUGGAGGUGCUCUCUGUGCUGUAUCUGAGAGAAGGAUACAGGGUGCAGGCCUCUGCUGCAUGA